CCAGACCGGUAUAUGUAUUCCAAUUACAAAUGCCUACUACUGUCCCCCUGACCUAUCUGAGCUCCAAACUUGUGCUCCAGUUUUUGGAGCCCAACUUGAGGAGAGUUGAAAUUUGAUGAAUUUUAUAAGGUUUAAGCUCGAACAAUUUAGAUUUUCCAUUUCCUCGCGAUGCCCAUCACUCCAGCUUCUAGAAAAACAUGCUCCUCUGAAAAUCAAAAAAUUGAAAAUCAACGAAUGCAGUGUGACUAUCAACAAAACCUCCUACACCAUUGGAAUCCGAAAUUCCUUGCAAACCGCCGAAGAUCUUGCAUCUGGUGUUGACCUUGAUCAGUUUGGAGGUAGGGCUUUGGAGCAAGUUCUUGUGCAGGAACCGGAUGAGUUCCUGAUAAGGGGUAUAGACUAUUUUGAUUUUCAAUAUAAGGCGGAAAAAAUGAGGAUUAAAGAAGAAAAUGAGAAGAUUACCAAGAUGGAUGAUAGUGAGGAGAAGAAAAGGGCUCGGGGCGUACUUGUAAGACGUUUUGCAAUGUAUCAAGUGAACUGUCUUCAAAGUCUUGCUCAAAAAACCAAAAGCCGUGAGCCAAUUUCAAUGGUUCAAAUUCCUUUCUCUCAAUUUCUACACUUUCAAACCACUGACCAUCUAGAAGUGCUCUAUUACCACAGAAAAACUCACGAAGCUCUCAAAUACUUGCUCAUAAAGUUGCUCGGCGGACGUGGUCAAAUCGCGGUCAACAAAUUCCACAUCAGCGCUAAGGGGAUUCUUCGGAUCCCUAGGCUUAAAUUGAAAAUGUUGAAUCUCAAAAUUGGAGGCAACAAAAUUGACGAAAUUUUUGCGACUCUCCUGGAGAACGGAAUCAUAGACGUUUCGAGUUUCCCACUGCAAUCUUUCCAUACUGAUGGGUGCACCUAUCGCCGAUAUCCGGAAAUGCGAUCUGCAAAAAUGAUCAUUCUCGAGUGUACUUAUUUUGGACCUCGUUUGCUAUGGUCAGGAGCCGACGCUCACCCAAGAGUUCAUUACACCAAAAUGUCUGAAAACGCCUACAAUGGAGUUACGAGGCUUGCAACUGAUUGGAUUCUGAACGCCCCGCCAAUUGGAACCAUCGUUUCGUUUGGAUAUUCAGCAUGGAAUUUUUGUAAUUUGCAAAUUAAGAAAAUCAAGAAAAUUGAAGGUGCUAUCGUUGCUAAGCAACCGGAGCUCGGUGUCAUUUUUCGAAUCAAUGACACUACGGAACUUCAUGUUUUCCACGAGAAAAACCCAAAAAAAGCAGAUCAUUGGAAUUUGGUGCUCACAAUUCGCAAGCCUUCACAAUUGCAAUAAGUUGUAUAUUUUUUAAAUGUCACUUUUUUAUUUUCAAAUUUUUAAAAAAAAGCUAAAAAAAAUUUAUUUUAAUGUAUUUUUAAAUGCAUUUUGCAUUUAAUAAUUUUAUUUUGCUAUGAAAAUAUCAAUAAAU